GUUUACAAUACUAAGAAAUAUUAUGGAGUAGAAGUGCAUGGAGUGGUGUUGGCACACUCCUUGUUGUAGCCAUGAACCCGAUGAACCAAAGGCACCAAAAGCGUGUCAAGCCAUGGAUGGUGCUGGUUGGUGGCUUCAGUCUGGUGAAGUUGAUGGGAGCCUUCGUGCCACCACCACAGGCGGUUCCAGUGAGAUGCCCACCACGCCUUGGGCCCCGCGGCAUUGGGCAUGUGGUUGGCUCAUGCAUCAUGGCAGCCCCAGCCUAUGCCUCUGACACGUCGGGAAGGGAUUUUCAACAAUUCGUUGACGACGUUGUGCGAAACCGCGACUUCUUCAUUAGCGUGGCAAGUGCAGCCUUCGCAUUUGGGCAAUUGGUGGCGGCGUUCAAAGCCUCUUCCGAGGGCAAAAUCCGAGCAGCAGUGGCAAAGGCCAUGAAACCUUUUGAGCCCAGCAGGCCGCAAGACGAGGUCAUCCAAAGGCCAGUGAUGGGAACUAUCCAGAACCGCGUUGAGAGCUGGCAACAACAUGCGACCAUCAUUGGGGGUCGGUACCAGUCAGGAAAGUCUGUGGCAACAGAAGAAGCCUUGCGCGGGGUGCGAGGUGUUGUUCGAUUCACCAUCAGAAGUGCCGAUUGGGCAGAUCGGAUGUGCAAGCAACUGGGAGUAGAUGACGAAGGGCUGUUCAAAGAGGUCAUGCGGCGAGUGCGCGAGAAGCUCAAGGACUUCCCCAACAACCUCACCAAGUUUCCAAUCCUUCUUCUUGAAGUCCCUCGUACAACCACCGAAGGCAUCAACUUAAUCUCUUCUACUGCGAAGGAUGUGGCGACGGACAAAAUCGGAAGUGCCAUUCAUGUGAUUGUAUCAGCCUCCUCGGCGGCAGUGGCGCUGGCUUUCGAUGCUGGUGGAACUGCAAGACAGGAAGACAUUUGGGUUGCUGACUUGACGGAGGAAGAAACGAAGGAGUUUUUGGCACUGCAUGGGCAUGAGAAGAAUUGGAAAGACUUCGUGGAUGCUUGUGGCUUCCGGAUUGGCGACUUGGCGAAGGCCUGUGAGAAUCUGAAGAAGGGAAUAUCAUUGAACGACACGAAGCAAGAGUAUCGGCGAUUUGCUACAGCAGAAGCUGUCGGCUUCAUGGAGUUGCAGGUUCAUCCUAAGCUCAACGGACGCCAGAUGUCGCAAGAGCUCCUCAAAGUUUAUCCUGAAGGCAUGCCAGAGGUUUUCCAACAGCAUUCGCAUCCUCCCUCGGGAGCUUGCCGCGCUAAUUCGCAACAAGAGUUGUCAUGCUGUGUAUUUUCACCCUAUCAAGAAGCGCUUCUUUUUUGCUUCCAAAUUGCAUAAGGAAGCCGCUGAAGCGCAACUGGCAAAUCCAUGACCGAUCUUUUGCGAAAUUGGACGGAAGACUUCAGCUCCUUCGCUGUCUUGCUUGUGCAUGUUUUCCAGCCCCGUAAGCACAACGCAUGCAUAGUGUCAGCUAUGUGAGAUGGUGCAUUUUGAAAUCCCAUUCACAGAUAUUCGCAAAUAGGCA